UACGUUGUCUUCUAGAUAAGACUUUACCUGAGAGUGUUUUGUUCACUUCCUUGUCAAAGAGACAAUGGUGCCAACGCUCACAUUCCUCACUGGGCUCUCCAUAUGUCUGCUGGUUAGCGGUACCGGUCAGAUUGCCAAAGUCGAUCUCAUGACUCCAAGUGAGGACAUCCGACAGACGUGUGUGUUACCAAACAAAGUCAAAGUAGCCAUUACCUCAGAGAACAAGACGGUGCAUCUGAAUCUGAAGAAAAACGAACAUGUGGAUCAUGAGGCCCCAGUGUUUGUGAUCAGACACGACGAAGGUGGACGUGCACACGCAACACAAGAGCCCACUCUUGAAUUACAGGGUCUGGGAAUGUUUCAAGACAGAGACAAAGGAGCCGCCAUGAAGGUAUCUUGCAAGAGACGACAGCGACAAGACAUACAAAUACAGCUGGAAGGACGUUUUGUUCACCCAAGUGGCAAGCUUUAUCAUCUUGCACCUCUUCAAUCGCCAUUGAAAACAGACUUCCAAUUUGAAAAGGGGAAUAUGCACGAAAUGACAACAACGGACCAGUUGUUUCAUGCCACGGAUAGGGCUGGACUAUUCGUAGACAGACGACAAAAGAAGGCAUCCGCGACACCUGACAGCAGAACAGUCGAUAUUGAUACUACCACAUUUCAAAUAGACAUCCUGGCAUACGUCGACUGCCUGGAAUUCCAAAGAUGGAUGAACAUUUCCCAUCAGGUUACACCAGCUCUUCGAAGACUCGACACUAUUCAGCGCGUGAAACAGGCAGUGGCUCUCAUUAUGAACGAUAUGAAUCUUCGCUACAAAACGGUUUCUCCCAGUUUCAACAUCCACUUGAUAGGAUUCAUGAUUGAGGACACAGCGGAAGGGGGUUGGUUCCUGUCUGUAAAUCAAAGGGAGAAAGAUCCAUCAACUGUAAAUGGAAUUCUCCUUCUUGACUCAUUUUCGAAUUGGACGAAAACAGUGCAAGAUUUUCCUAAAAACGAUUUCACAAUGAUUUUUACAAGUCACAAGAUGUACAGAUAUGAGGAAGAUCUUUUGGGUAUCAGUCAGACAGCAUCUGUUUGCAAGGAAGGCAAGGGCAUAUCGAUUGUAAAGGUUGACGGAAGCUUCAUGACAAAUACACGAACAGCGUCGCAUGAACUUGGUCACGGGCUCGGUGCCAAACACGAUGGUGACGGCAACACGUGCAAGGCAGAAGACCAGUACAUCAUGUCUGCAAAACUCAAGAUUGACACCUCAGGUCAUCAGUUCCAGUUUUCUUCAUGCUCCUCAACAUACUUUCGACACUACCUUCAAGGCGUUUUAAGAGAUGGGACUUCAUAUUCAGUACAGUGUCUAACAACAAGCCUGACUGCUAUCAACGUGUCGUCGACAGUACAGUUGCCCGGACAAGUCUAUAACAUAGAUGAUCAAUGUCGAAAUAUUAAAGGCCCACGCUCUUACUUUUGCCGUGGUGUUGACAUAGGCAGCGCGGACAACGUCUGCAGAAAUAUGCACUGUAACAACGUAGAUGAUCCUCAGCUGUGCACUUUAUACUUUGCAGCCGAUGGAACCCCGUGUGGUAACAAAAAGUGGUGUUACGGUGGGACCUGCGUUCCUUCGGUCCUGGCACCAUCUAAAUACGACACCUGCGUGUUUGGUGACACUGUCAAAACAGUAAACAAAAAUCAAACAUGCUCUGAGUUCAUUACUACGAAAAACAGAUACUACUGCUACAACGACAACAACUACCGCUUAUGCUGUGGGACGUGUGAAAGCAUAACGUCCCCUGAUAAAGAUUGUCGAUGGGGUAACAAUUACUGGACAGUUAAUAGCUGUGAUGAAGACAAGUGCAAUUCUACCAUCAACGGUGCAAUGUACUACGACAUCUGCUGUCAAACAUGCGCCUUCAUGAGGCCAGCGCCAACAUCAUUGCCAACUAGCUCUGCCACAGGCCUAACUAGUCCAGGAACAAACUUGCCAACCAGCUCUACCAAGAACCCUGUAAAUACAAACGUUGGCACAACCACAUCGACGUCACAUUACCAAGCUGGAUGUCUGAGCUGUCCAGAUGAUUGGGUAGCACACGAUGGCUCUUGUUACAGCUUUGUAACCAGUCAGAAGACAUGGUCAGAGGCAAUGACUAGUUGCCAGGCCUCUGGUGCCAACUUAGUCAGCAUAGAAACAUCUGCAGAGAAUGAAUUCCUGAAAAAGUUUCUGCUCAGAUUCUCAACAUGCUCCUCUGGUUGGAGUAGCUGGGUUGGAGGGACAGACAAGCUGGUUGAAGGACAGUGGCUUUGGUCCAACACCGGAAGGACAGUAUCCUACACUGACUGGGGUGACAAUCAGCCUGACAACGGCCAGUCUUCCAGUAACGACUGUAUGCUCAUGUGCUUCAGUGAAAAGUACCGCUGGGGAGGUGAAGACUGUGGAACCAAGCAAAGCUCCAUCUGCGAAAAGAAGUUGUCACCUCUUCAAGUUCCACUGGUUGGCUAACUACACAACUAUCCUACAACCACAACACCGAGUUUACAAUGGUUAUUUGCGUGAAUAAUCUGCAUAACUCACUACAAAGAUAAUAAAUUAAUUAUCUGAUGA